UGGGGACUGCAGGCCACUCCACCUCAGAUUCUUUCUCUUUCAUCCACAGCAGUUUUCCUCCAUUCUCCAUGGACCACUGUCUUCCAAGGAGAGAAUGUGACACUGACUUGCAAAGCAUUUCACUUGGAUGCAUCAGAGGAAAUAAAAUGGUACCGUUGGUAUCUUCUGGAAAAAACACAAAGUGAAACCUCAGGAAACACCCAUGAGGUCCAUGAAUCUGGAGAUUACAGAUGCCAGGCCCAGGACUCACCCCUGAGUAAUCGUGUGGGCUUGCUCUUUUCUCCAGCCAACCUGAUCCUGCAGGCUCCACUUGAUGUGUUUGAAGAAGAAUCUGUAAUUCUGAGAUGCCGAGCAAAGGCAAACACAGUACUGAAAACUAUAAAGCUGUACAAGAAUGAAAAAGUCCUGGAAGAUCACACUGUGGAGAUACCAGUGGGAAUGUUGACUGACUUCCAUAUUCAUCAGGCAAGUCUGAAGGACAACGGCAAAUAUCACUGUACUGGAGUUAAGGAAGAUGAUCAGUUGGUUUCUUCAAACUCGGUCAAAAUCGAAGUCCAAGAGCUGUUUCCACGUCCUGUGCUGAGAGCCAGCUCCACCCAGCCCACUGAAGGAGGAGCAGUGACUCUGACCUGUGAGACCCAGCUCUCUCCACAGAGGCCAGAUGUCCAGCUCCAGUUUCACUUCUUCAGAGACAGAAGGUCCCUGGGGUCAGGCUGGGGAAGCUCUCCAGAAUUCUGGAUCCGCACCAUAUGGAGAGAAAACUCAGGGUCUUACUGGUGCCAGGCACAGAGCAUGAAUCCCUCUGUCCAGAAACAGAGCCAGAGAUUACAGAUACAGGUGAAAAAAGUUGUUCCUGACAUCCGUAUAUACCCUCACCCAGAGUUGGUGUUUGAAGGGCAGGAGCUGGUGCUCAUCUGCUCAGUAAAUGGAGUUCCAGGCCCCAUCACAGUUUCUUGGUACAGUAAAUUCAAGCUGAGGAGAGAAAGAAAGCUUCACACUUCCUCAAAAACAGAGUUCAAGAUCCCUGUGGUGCAAAACAUACAUGAUGGAGAGUAUUAUUGUGUUGCCAACAAUAGUCAUUCCUCCUUCCGCAGUGACCCAGUGACCAUCAAUGUGAAAGUCCCCGUGUCUCAACCUGUCCUCACCCUCAGCCCUCCUGGGACCCGGACUUUUAUGGGAGAUGAGGUGAGCUUUGACUGUGAAGCUCAGAGAGGUUCUCUGCCCAUCUGGUAUCAGUUUUUUCAUGAAGGUGUGCUGCUCAUGAAGAUAGAAGCUACUUUAUGGAGAACAAUGUCCUAUAGAUUCUUUCUGACUGAAGAGCAUUCUGGGAACUACUACUGCACAGCUGACAAUGGCCUUGGCCUCCAGAGCAGUGAGACCCUGAGACUCUCUGUCACCAUUCCAGUAUCUCGCCCCAUCCUCACCCUCAGGACUCCCAGGGCCCAGGCUGUGGUGGGGGACAUGGUAGAGCUUCACUGUAAGGCAUGGAGAGGCUCUCCCCCAAUCCUGUACCAGUUUUAUCAUGAGGAUGCCAGCCUGGAGAGCAGCUCAAGCACCUCUGGAAGGGGAGCUUCCUUCAACCUCCUUCUGACGGCAGAGCAUUCUGGGAACUAUUUCUGUGAGGCCAACAAUGGCCAGGGGUUCCAGCGCAGUAACACAGUGUCACUCAGUGUCAGAGUUCCAGUGUCUCAGCCUGUCCUCACCCUCAGGGCUUCCAGGGCCCAGACUGUGGUGGGGGACAUGAUAGAGCUUCACUGUGAGGCCCAGAGAGGCUCUCCCCCGAUCCUGUACCAGUUUUAUCACAAGGAUGUCGCUGUGGGAAACAGCUCAGCUCCCUUGGGAGGGGGAGCAUCCUUCUGCCUCUCUCUGACCACGAACCAUUCUGGAAACUACUCCUGUAAGGCCGACAAUGGCCUGGGGGUCCAGCAGAGUGAGGUGAUGCUACUCAGUGUCAUAGUUCCAGUGUCUCGCCCUAUCCUCACCCUCAGGGCCCCCAGGGCCCAGGCUGUGGUGGGGGAUGUGGUGGAGCUUCACUGUGAGGCCCAGAGAGGCUCUCCCCCAAUCCUGUACCAGUUUUAUCACAAGAAUGUCACCCUAGAGAGCAGCAUGUCCCACUCUGGACAAGGAGUGUCCCUCAACCUCUCACUGACUGCAAAUCAUUCUGGAACCUACUCCUGUGAGGCCGACAAUGGCCUGGGUCCCCAGUGCAGUGAGGCAGUGACACUUUCCAUCACAGGGCUGACAGGGAGCAGAAGUGGCCCUGUUGCCACCGGUGUCACCGGGGGGCUGCUCAGCAUGAUGGGUCUCGCUGCCAUAGCACUGUUGUUCUACUGCUGGCUCCCGAGAAAAGCAGGAAGAAAGCCUACAUUUGACUCCUCCAGGAAUCAGUCAGCUUCAGACCCACAAGAGCCCACCUACCACAAUGUACCAAGCUGGAUAGAACUACAACCAGUGUACAGCAAUGUAAAUCCUAACAGAGGAGACGUGGUGUACUCGGAAGUCCGGACCGUGAAGGUGGAGAACAAACAGGCAGCCUCUGACCCAGAGCUUCUCAAGAACACGGAUUCCUGCGUCAUCUACUCCCAGGUGAAGGGGGCUUACACCGCAGCCCCUAAGCCCCAGCUCUUGGCUGCAUCCCCUCCUCAAAGAUGAGUCCACGCAGCUCCCGACUGCUGUCUCAGCCUCUGCACCCAAAAACCACCCUUGGGGGAGAAGGGACAUCAAAGCAGGAAGAUUUAAACCUUGGGUCCUAGACCCAAGGCCACACCCAGCAACCUGUGCAUCAAGUGCCCACACCCUAGUGUGAACAGAACACAGGGCCCCGCAGGACUCCCGCCUAUUUCCAAAGUGACAACCCUGGCCCAGUGGUCUUUUUCUUAAUGACAUGUGCUCCCAACCCAGGGCCCAUGAUGUUGCCUGGCUUCCUUAAUGAACUUCAGCUUUGGUCACUAUUCCGAGUCCUACCCCCAUACACAUCCCCACCAUUCCUCCAUGAGGACUGCCCCUAAAAUCUGCCACGGAUAACCUGCUUUCAGUGGGUGCUUUUCUCAGCUGCAGUCAGUCUGGUAAGGCUACAGUGGGCUCUGCCCAAUGGGACAGCACACACCGCUGGAGACAUGGACACUGCGCUCGUCAUGGACCUCCCCAUGAUGGGACUGCAUUCCACACUCCCCCUGUCUGUCUGAAACUCUAAGCUCAGAAUCUGACACCAGGAUAACUCCUCUCCUGCCCAUGUGCCAAUAUCUACCUGCCCAAGUAAGUGGACUUCACACCUUAGGCCCUAGAUCCUUCCCUUCCUGCCAGAAGUAACCCAGGACAGUCAAGGCCAGGAGGACCAGAGAUGCAGAUAGAAUACA